GAACAUGAACAUUGCAAUUGGCCUAAAUAAUAACAUGGCUUAUAUAGUUCCUCCCUCUCUGUGCCAAACAGAGGAUUUGGGAAGCGAAAAUCUCCGAAGGCUUGCCAAACAGCUUCAGUUUUACAAACCACCCAAACCAAUUGACGAAGUGGAGGAAAAUAUUGAGCAUGGCAUAAAUGACGUGCCUUCUUCUGUAAAAAUGAGGGAGAGAAGAGCAGCUGUUCUGAUAUGCCUCUUUGAAGAUCCUGAGGAUGAGCUAAGAGUUAUUCUUACUAGAAGAUCAAUGAACUUGGCUUCACAUCCAGGUGAUGUAGCAUUGCCAGGUGGGAAAAUGGAGGAGGGAGAUGAAGAUGAAUCUGCAACUGCACUGAGGGAAGCCAUGGAAGAGAUUGGCCUAGAUUCUAGUCUAGUUCAAGUUGUUGCUCAACUAGAGUUCUUUUUAUCUCAGCACUUGCUCACAGUUGUCCCUGUAAUUGGACUCGUAUCCCGGAUAGAAGAUUUCAAGCCUCUACUCAACGCUGACGAAGUUGAUGCAAUAUUUGAUGUCCCAUUGGAGAUGUUUCUCAAGAAAGAAAAUCACAGAUUUGAGGACAGAGAAUGGAGGGGAUGGAAGUAUGUUGUCCAUCAUUUUGAUUUCGAAUCCGAGCAAGGGGAGUUUUUAAUAUGGGGACUAACUGCAAGCAUUCUGAUUAGAGCUGCCUCUGUUAUCUACCAACAAUCUCCAUUCUUCCAAGCACAUCUCCCUGACUUCCAAACUUUGCAAAGAGCCUUGCAUAGUGUUGACUCUAAUGUAGCAUGAUAUAUAGUACCCAACUUUCAUGAAGUGCUAAAAUUGCUUGGGUGGUUCAGACCUCUCAA